AUGCAAAAGUUAACAAACGAGGAAAAGAAAAGGCUAAUCCAUUUAGUUGAAAGACAUCCUAUUCUAUAUGAUACCAAUCAUGAGGGUUUUUCUGAUGUUAAAAAAAAGGAUAAAAUAUGGGGCUUUAUCGGGGAAGCAUUAAGUAUCCAUGGAGAAUUAGCAAGAAAGAAUUGGAAAAAUCUACGCGAUUCUUUUCGUAAAAAUGCCAAACUCACUUCGCCUAAAAAUUCUGAACCAAGCGCCGAUCAAAGUAACCCCAUAUCCAUGUCUUAUAAAUAUGGCGAGGAAAUGCAAUUUAUUUCAUCACAUAUAAAACCAAGAGGAAAGGAAUGUAUUUAUAAUUUCAGUAGUAGAAUUUCCAAUUCGGAUGACGGCCAAACUGAGGAAAGUGCUACAUUAUGGGAUGUACUAGUAUCUGAUCAGAGCGAUAAAGAAGAGCCAACCAUGGAGAUAGCACCUCAGAAAGUAAUUCCAUCAUUAUGUGGUACUAGAAAGAGAAAAAUAGCAGUUAAAACAAAUGAUCGAGGCGUGCAAACAGAUACUGUAGAAGUGAACGAUACAAAAGCAGAAGAAAUUAACUUCUACGAAGGAGAAACAGAAAUGUUAAAAUUUUUCGAAUCGAUCGCCACCGUCACUGGCCAUUUUCCACAAAGAACUCGUAGUAUUAUACGCUUUAAAAUUAGCCAAUUAGUUUACGAAGCAGAAUUACAAAUCCACCCUACCGAUUCUGCCACUUUAUCAACACAUGGUAACCUUUAA